AUGCCAGACAAAACACUAGAGUUCAAAGGUGUUGAUUGCCAUGGUGGCAAAAGCAGCAAAGAGAGACUAACUGUCCUUGUUUGCGCUAAUAUGUCUGGAACAGAAAAGAUACCCUUAUUUGUCAUUGGAAAAUCUAAAAACCCACGAUGUUUCAAAAACAUUAAAACCUUGCCCACAUCUUACGAGGCAAAUAAGAAAGCAUGGAUAACAUCUGAUUUAUUCACAACAUGGCUGCGCAAAUUAGACAAGAAAUUUCAACACCAGAGAAGAAAUGUUGCUAUGGUAGUGGACAAUUGCCCUGCCCACCCAAAAUGUACCGGUCUAAAAGCCAUCAAGCUCUAUUUUUUACCCCCAAACACUACAAGCAAAACUCAACCCAUGGACCAGGGCAUUAUUCAAAAUCUCAAAGUCCAUUAUAGAAAGCUUGUAAUAAUGAAAAAGCUGAGAGCGAUAGAGAAGCGCUGUGAGCUGACUAUCACUGUCAUUGAUGCCCUGUGCAUGCUUUAUGAGGCAUGGACCAAGGUUACAGACAAAACAAUUCAAAAUUGUUUUCGUCAUGCUAACUUUAGCACUGACACUGCAGUGGAUCCACCUGUCUCCAGCGAUGGCGAUGAAGACCCUGAAGACGACAUCACCCUUGCUGCUCUUCGUCUGCGAGUUCCAUUUGAAGACUACGCCCGAGUGGAUGAAAACGUGACAUCUACAGAGGCCAUGACUGACAGAGACAUUGUUGAAAACAUUAUUGCUGCGAGGGCCCCAGAGAACGAAGACGACAGUGACAAAGAAGAGCCAACAGAGACAGCACGAAAGCCACCAACAAAGCAAGUUGUGAAAGCACUGGAACUUGUCCGUGACUGGGUAGAAAUGACGGAAAACACAGAGGACCUUUUUCCCGCACUUCAGAAGCUAGAGAGACGUGUAACAUCUGAGGACAUAAAAUCCACUCUUCUUCAGCAAAGUUGCAUUAAAGACUGUCUCAGUGACUUGGCUAGUGAUCGUGAUGUGCAGUAA